AUGGAGUUAGCGUACGAUAUACCUUCGUCAUGCUUAGGAGUCGUGACCAAUAGGUGCGACCUCAAGGUUGCCGAUCAUGUAUUGGAGAAGCUAAAUGAUGUACAUAAAGCUCUAUUUGUGAAAUCAUGCUUCCGGCCACUAGUGCACAUUCCUAAUUUGAAAUUGGCAGGCCCGCACAAGAGGAUAGCCACUGGAUCGAAGUCCGACCGCCGCGGAUCGCAACUUCUUGCUGAACACCGGCCCCGUAUCCGGCGUGAGCAGUGUCCGUUAGGGGUCGUCGCCGUCGACGGAGGUCCGCCGCUACCAGGCUUGGGACGCGGUGUGAAGAAGACAUAA